GAGGAGAAAAUAAAAGAAUUAUAUAGAAUUAAGAUGUCUUUGAAGGUUCCAACUAUAGAUUUUAGAAACUCAUUUGAGUGGAAAAAAGGAAGUGAAAAAUGGGUUUUAGUGAGAGAUGAAGUUUACAAAUCUUUAGAAGAAUUUGGUUGUUUUGAGGCUUUACUUGAUGAAGAUAUUCCAAAAAAGAAAUUAUAUGAAAAAGUCAAAGAACUUUUCAACUCCAAUUUGGAGAAAAAAUUUGGAAACUCACAAAAUGUGUAUGCAAGUUACUCUAAGGAUGAUCCUGGAGUACCACUUUUUGAGAGAUUGGUGAUUAAGAAUGUUCUUAUUCAUGGUGUUAUUGAGAAUUUUUCCAACCUUCUUUGGCCUGAGGGAGACCCUAAAUUCUGUGAUUUGGUGCUUACUUACUCCAAGAAAUUAUCAGAAUUUGAAGAUAUGAUAAGAAGAAUGAUAUUUGAGAAAUUGGGUUUGGAAAAUUACUUGAAUGAGCAUAAAAAC